AUGGAUGGAUGUUAUAGUCCUAUUGAAAAAAUGCCUAAUGGUUAUGAAAAAUUUUCACAAUUAAUUAAUUCAACUGGAAGAUAUAUAAUAUUCUCUUGUAGUUAUCCUGCAUAUAUACCAUGGAUAAAUAAUCCUAAAUUAAUUGAUUGGAUAAAAUUACAAAAAAAUUGUAAUCUUUGGAGAAUGUUUGGUGAUAUACAAGAUAGUUGGUCAUCUGUUGUCUCUAUAAUAAAUGCAUAUAUCAUUACAAAUGAUAUAUUACCAAGAAUAGGUGGUCCAGGACAUUGGAAUGAUCCUGAUAUGUUAUUAUUAGGUAAUUAUGGUUUAUCAAAUGAUCAAAAACGUGUACAAAUGGCUGAUAUGGAUAAAUUAGAUGAUAUAAGUGUAUCAUUAUUAAAGAAUCCACAUUUAUUAGCAAUCAAUCAAGAUAAAGGUGGACAUCAAGCAGAAUUUAUCAAAAAAAUUGAGAAUAAUAUACAAUUAUGGUUACGACCAUUAGAUAGUGAUCCAAUUGGUUGGGUUAUAGCCUGUGUCAAUUUAAAUGAUGGCGGUGGACCAAUUCAUAUUUAUGUCAGUCUUGAUGAUUUCAAAUCGAAAAGUUAUACAAUAUCUGGAGACAGAUUUGAACUAUUAGAUGUAUUCAAUGAGAAUAAAAUGAAAAAUAUUGAAAAAACAAAGAAAUUUAUGAUUCCUAUUAAUCCAUCUGGAAUAAUGAUGUAUCGAGUGAAAGAGACAACAUUAUAA